AAAAUUAUUCGAGCGCUGAGAAUAAAGUGAAAGGUUUCUUCAAAGCUCUGCAAAUAAGCUUGACGGGGAUAAAUCCUUUAGCCUUUUAUAGAUUUUCUGUUUCACAUUUGAAAGGUAGAUAGAUAAGUUAUCGUAAUUUGGGUGUCUUGGAGACUUUCUGGUUUAAAUCACGGACUGAAUUUACUGGUCUUUGUUGGACAUUGGGAUUGAAGGAAGAUGACUUGUAUACCAAGCCAAACGUAGCGUUUGUUUAGUGUGAAGCCUUUCUUUCUUUACAUCAUGGGCUGCAUUCAGAGCACGAGGAGAAGAGAAUUACAGAAAAGGAAGCCAGUUAUUAAGCUAGACGAUGUCCAAAAUCAACCCCGAGACGAGAUAAAUAGCAGAGAAGAAGGAAAAGAUAGAAAAAGAUUCGAAGUUGUACCCCCAGUACCGACCAGUCUUCCUCCACCAGAACGAAAAGUUUUUAUUGCUUUGUACGAUUAUGAAGCGAGAACUGCCGAAGAUUUGAGCUUCAAGAAGGGAGAUAAAUUAGAAGUAGUUAACGAUACAGAUGGUGGAGAUUGGUGGCAAGCAAGAUCUUUAGUUUCUAAUGGAGUUGGUUAUAUUCCGAGUAAUUAUGUUGCUCCUCAAACAUCCCUAAGAAGAGAAGACUGGUAUUUUGGACCAAUCCGACGAGUUGAUGCUGAGAAAAUGUUGUUGAUGCAUGGAGAGAGUGGUGCUUUCCUUAUUCGUGAGAGCGAGAGCAAACCAGGAGAUUAUUCUAUGUCAAUACGAGAUGGUGAUAACAUUAAACAUUAUAGAAUUCGUACUCUUGAUAGUGGUGGAUUUUUCAUAGCACAUCGGUCUCAGUUCCAAACACUGGGAGAACUGGUUGAACACUAUCAAAAAGAUGCUGAUGGUCUUGUUAUUCGACUGAAGGAUCCAUGCCCAGCAAUUGAAUUACCCACCAUCCCUGAUCUAUCUUAUAACACCAAGGAUCAAUGGGAAAUUCCAAGAGAGUCCAUACGUCUGAUCUCCAAACUUGGCCAGGGUCAGUUUGGAGAAGUUUGGGAGGGGCUUUGGAACAACACGACUCCCGUGGCUGUAAAGACACUACGAACAGGGACAAUGUCUCCAUCAGCUUUCCUUGCUGAGGCACAGAUUAUGAAAAGACUUAGACAUCCUAAGCUGGUCCAGUUAUAUGCUGUUUGUACAAAAGAGGAGCCUAUUUAUAUUGUUACUGAACUAAUGGAAGGGGGUAGUUUACUUGAUUACUUAAAAGGACCUGGAAGAGCAUUACAACUACCUCAACUUAUCGACAUGGGAGCACAGAUUGCCGCUGGUAUGGCAUAUCUUGAAAUCAACAACUAUAUCCACCGGGAUUUGGCGGCUAGAAACAUUCUAGUAGGUGAUAAAAAUAUCGUAAAAAUAGCCGACUUUGGACUGUCAAGACUGAUUGAUGAGGGAGAGUAUACCGCUAGGGCUGGUGCUAAGUUCCCUAUCAAGUGGACGGCACCAGAAGCAGCGCUGUACAAUAAAUUUACUAUCAAAUCCGAUGUCUGGGCAUUUGGCAUUCUUUUGUCAGAAUUAGUUACCUAUGGACGUAUUCCUUACCCAGGAAUGGGUAAUGCUGAGGUUUUAGCACAAGUUGAGAGGGCAUAUCGCAUGCCGUGCCCUGUCAAUUGUCCAGGACAGCUUUACCAAAUUAUGCUGGAUUGCUGGAAACAAAAUGCAGAGGAAAGACCAACAUUUGAAACACUUCAAUGGCGGCUCGAAGAUUUCUUUGCUAUGGAUACUACAAAUUAUGCUGAGUAUAAGGAUUAAGAACAAACUUCGCACUAAAGUUAUUGUAGCAACAUUAUUUAUAUUAAAAGUCUGAGAAAUUGUUUUAUUUGCUUCAAAGUGUAUAGAAUUUGUAUUUUGUUCCUAAUUAUUUUUAGUUAUUACAGAUGUAAAUAUUUUAGAUAGAAUUAGGGUUCUUUGUACAUAAAUCCUAACAUCCUUCUGAAAACUUCUAAAGUCUCUCUCGUGUAAAGUUCCAGAACAUUCCCAUUCUUUUCGUAUAGAAUAGUGUUGAAAUCUAAGAUAUUCUUUACGAAAUAUAAUUUAAGUCGUGUGCGCUGCAUAAAAAUUCGAAAUUCUAGUACUCAAUUUUUCUGGAUGUCUUUUUGUUGUCUUAAGUUUUAACCUAGUUAGCCAACAUUGUUUUUAUAUCAACCACAGUGGCAAUGAAUGAUAUUUAUCAAUAACCAGUUGAAUAACUUUGCCUAGCCUACUAGCCAACUUUUUUGCACAAUAUCAAAAUGAAGUUGGCGUGAUUAAGUAAAGGAUCAAACAUUAGGGUGAGCGCAUUCUUAAAAGUAAAGUCCGAGGCCUUUAUUUUUAAGAAUGCCCUUGCCUAUUUGUUUGUUAACCAGCCCCAAUCCGUGAUUUAGGAACAAUUGAUUGCGAUUUCAUAUUGAUUUGAUAUGAAUCUCCCCGGGACAGGUCUCUGUUCUUGAAAAUAGACCUGUACCAGGACGUUAUUGAGGAUAACUACCGCAUUACACAAUAGGAUUGGGGUGUGGCUGGUGAAUAAGAAAACAUCUUUAUAAUUUUAAAGCUUUUCUGUCUUGUUGCCAGGAACAUUGCUAGUAUUAUAAACAACUCGCUUCAGAAUUCAAAGAUCAGUUUUACUUCACAUUGUAUCAUGGUUACCAGGAUCUGAUGAUUAUAAUAAGGACAUUGCUUUUUAAUACACAUUCGUUAUAUUAAAAUAUCGUCACUAUA